GAAUUGGGCAAAAAUUUAUAGUAAAAGCUUUCUUUUGGAACAUUAUAUUGGUUCAGAUAGUUGAGUAAAUAUUCAGAAGAUGUUUAGUAAGUUAAAGAGUAAAGAUUCUAAGGCUAAACUUAGUGCAGCUGAGGAAAAACAUAAGGCUGUUAGUGAAAAUAAUGAAUUGAUUUUAGUUCCAUUCACCGAGCCAUCAUCCAAGUCGAAGAUCUUAGCGGAAAACGAAUUAGAUGAAUCCCAGAAAGAAAAAUAUAUAAAAGUGUAUCAGUAUUUUAUUAAAGAUGAUUUGAAAGUACCAAUUAGUGAGGAAAAUCAUAAGCAUAAAGAUGAAAGCAAAUAUGAAGGGUUAUUGGAUAGUGAGAAAGCUUGGUUAACUAGAGAAUGUUUUUUACGUUAUUUGAGAGCAUCCAAGUGGGAUUAUGAAGAAGCAAUUGAUCGUAUUGAAUUGACCUUGGCUUGGAGAAGAGAAUUUGGAAUUAAUAAGAAUUUUGAUGGUGAUAAUGAAGUUAACGGAGAAUUAACUGCAGAAGAGAAUGAAACUGGUAAAGAAGUCAUUUUAGGUUAUGACAAUGAUUCCAGACCAUGUCUUUAUUUGAAGCCAGGUAGACAAAAUACCAAGCCAUCUCAAAGACAAGUUCAACACCUUGUUUUAAUGUUGGAAAAAGUUAUUGAUUUUAUGCCUUCUGGUCAGGAUUCAUUAGCUUUAUUAAUUGAUUUUAAAGCACAUUCAAUUGGAACUCAGGGAGGGAAAAUCCCUCCAAUGAAUAUCUCAAGACAAGUUUUACACAUUUUACAAACUCAUUAUCCCGAAAGAUUAGGUAAAGCUUUAUUAACAAAUAUUCCUUGGUUAGGUUGGACUUUUUUAAAAAUUAUUCAUCCCUUUAUUGAUCCUUUAACUAGAGAGAAAUUGGUUUUCGAUCAGCCAUUCCCAAAUUAUGUACCAAUCGAACAAUUAGAUAAAGAUUUUGGUGGUGAUGUUAACUUUGAAUAUAACCAUGAAAAAUACUGGCCGGAAAUGUUAAGACUUGCCGAUCUGAAAAAACAAAAAUACAUUAAGCGUUUUGAAAAAUUCGGUUCGAAAAUUGGUUUAUCAGAAGUUGACUUGAGAGGUAAUGCUGAUGAAUUAAAAUAUCCUUUACCUCAAUUAUAA